AUGGUGUCCUGUGAUUUCUUUCGACCAGCUGGCAGCACAACCCAUCUCUACCACAGACCUGAAGACAAUACCACUCUGCCCUGCCGCGGUGCAUCACUCUCUGACAGAGCUUGCUCCACGGUAGACUGGAUUUACAACAGAGAUGUGUCUCAGUCGUUUGAACUGGUUCAGAAAGGUCAGGUUGUGAAGGAGUCGGGCCGAGCUGCCAGGCUGAGUCUGGGCAUGAACUGCUCUCUGCUCAUCAAUGGCGUCACUGCUGAGGACGCUGGUUUCUACACCUGUGAUCAGAAAUAUAUAUUGAACACUGGUGUGCUUCUAAGUGUUUUGACAAUCACGCCAUCUUUACCAGAUGCUGAUACAAAUACAGAUGGAAAUGUCCAAUUAGAAUGCACUCUGACGAGAUAUGAAGACCUCAAUGAAUGUCAACAGAACAGCAUCCGUUGGGUGAAUGAGACAGGCUCUGUGCUGCGUGGUGAAGGUCUCGGAUGCAAAGUCACCGCACAGAGAAACUGUUCCUCUGUUCUGACUGUGACGCAUCAGAGUGGUCCCAACAGAACCUUCACCUGCCAGAAGGUUGAUGAGAGGAACAAUGUCCAGAUAGAGGAUCACUACACACCUUUCUUCACACAUGGGUUCAGAGGUUGGUCUCCUCUGGACUACGUCAUGCUGACUCUGCGUAUUGCAGGACUUUUCAUGAUUCCUCUGACUGUUGUCGUUCUUCUACUCAAACACAGAAGAGGGAACGAAACACCACCUGAUGAAAACAAUAUGCGCAAUGAUGGCGAUGAAGUUAUAUAUGAAAAUGUAGAAGCACCUUCUGCUGCUACCGGAGAGCACUGAUCAACAACCUUCAC